AUGUGGAAUUACUCUGUUGUUGCCCCUCCCCCUCAACCUGAACGCAAUGCCGAUAUUGAGAUCGACAAUGCUACACUUAUUAUCUGGCCUACGCUCACCUAUGUUGAAGCCAAGAGUCGGGAUCCGCCAGCAGUCAACGCCAUUUGCUGUUAUAUUUGUCUUGUUGACUAUAAGGAGGACGAGAGGGAGGAUAAGGCAAUGAGGCUUCUGCCAGAGUGUGGACAUUUAUUUCAUGCGACAUGUGUGGAUUCGUGGCUACGGAGGCAACAUACUUGUCCGGUGUGCCGGUCGUUGGUGGUGAAUCGGGACUUGCAGAUGCCUUUAGCCGAGGUAAUUCCACUUGAGAUUGAACUGGCUUAA